AUGCAACGUAGUACUCGAAUACGAAAACCUUCACAGAAAGCUAAAGAAAUUGCAGAAGCGAUUCAACCCCCAAAAUCUCCUCCCGGUCCUGCAAAGUCACACAAAACUGGUCGAUCGGCUGUUAAACCUAAAUCAAUAACAAAACCUAAAAAACGUAAAAUCCUGGUCACCGCUAAAGUCAAAGCGGGUGGCAAGAAAGGGAGAGCUGUCGUAGACGCAGAUGGAGAUGUACAAAUUGAAGAGAUCGAGUCUCAGCAGUUUCCUACCCACCCAGAAGAGGAGGACGACGACGACGCAUUAUAUUGUAUCUGUCUCGGACAUGACGAUCACACACCUAUGAUUCAAUGCGAGGAAUGUGAAAAUUGUGCUUACCAUCCAUCGGCGGUGUCUUUUUUCUCGCAUUCUAGGUUUCACUUUGCCUGCAUUCAACUUGAUCCUUCUGAAGCAUCAGUCAUCAAAGCCUUUUAUUGCGAUGUUUGCGAAGCCAGCGGGUCUGGUAAAACACAAAGCUACCUUUGUAUUCGAAACACCUACCCGUUUUCGGCUACAAAAGACCGGUCUUUGUUCUUUGUUUUCUUUUCACCCCAUCUCAUUCCUAUGAACCGAGAUGUGCUUGGCGCAAAUCAUGGCCUCAGCGUAUACCCUGUGUUGGCUUUGAAAUAUAGGUUACUUACUGCCGAGGAUUUGCAGCCACCUGAAGGCUACGUUUGUGGAGAGGAGUCAAGAGGUUUUGCCUUUUCCUGCUUAGCACCACUGCAAGGUCUCGAGACCGAAGAACUGGAAACAUCAGCCGAACCAACCAGCAGCAUGAACGAGACUCCAGAUGGCGAAGAGAUCAUCAACAACGAUGAACGUCAACACGAAGUCAAUGUAACACCUGAUCUAUCUGGUCCCACUACCUUCAUUCCGAGUCCUAAGCUCCAAGAAUCGCACUUUGAUCCACUUAUGCUCGAUCCGCUGCUUGCCGGUAUUUCUGUUGAGACAGCUUCGCCCCAGAAGGUCUCUCAGGACCCUCUAUUGACUACUCCGGCACCCGUGUCUUCCAAGAUUUCACGGAAGAAGCAUCGGAGAGCAGAGGGGUUAACUAGUGAAGAAGAUGAUACCGAUGAAGAUGAGGAUUUUACGGGGGAAGAAACAAAACGACCCAAUCGUAAGAAACGCAAAACUCCCUCAGGCUCUGAACAGCGUCGCCCUAGCAAUCUACGACUGAAAUCUAUCACACCCUCUAGCACUGUACCUCACACACCGAAGAGUGCAUCGCCGCCUGUUACCGGCUUAGAUAAGACGAGGACAGCUUGUAUCGAACAAUUUUCCAAGCUUUUUGAAACUGCUUUCUCCGCUAAGCUUAAAGAGCAAGAAGAAAAUGCUGAAAACCAGACGAAGGAAAUUGAGGCAGAGGCCACACGUUUUGCUGAAUCGGUGGAGUCCGAGUUGUUUGAUAGCUUUGGUGAAGUUGACGCCAAAAAUGUCAAAGCACCCCGCAAACAGUACAUGUCCAAAUUUAGAUCACUCUUCUUUAACCUGAAGCACAAUCCUGUGUUCCUCAGUAGCCUGAGGACCACAGAGAUCUCACCUCGCUCUAUCGUUCAUAUGUCCAAUCAGGACUUACAAACCCCCGAACAAAAGGCAAUAUCUGAUCAGAUUCGACAACGAGCUUUGCAUGAUAGCGUAAGGAAUGUGAUCUCGGCUCCUAAAGCAAAGAUGACACACAAAGGAGAACAGGCCAUCGAGACUUUUGACCCCAUGGAAUCUCAGCAAGCCGAACUCAGUGGUUCUUACUCAGGGAGCUUUGUCCUACCUAAUCACCACCAAACAAGUGUGGUUGCGCAGCACGAUGUUUCGGCAUCUCCUUCCCGAAUAACUUCUCAACUUGAUGCUAGUCAAUCUGCACCGCACUCUCUGUCUGCUUCAACAAAUAGUCUCGCCGGUCCUCGAUACCAGCGCGAUAGCGUAGAUCAACCGGACCUUCCAGCGUCGCUGCUCGCCUUUGUCAAUCCUACUUCGAAUCCCAAUGCUCCGGAAAGGACUAAUUCUUUCAGUGGUAAUAGUUCCUUUGAUCUAGAACGUAUGUUGGCUGCCAUGGCAUCAGUACCGCCCUCGAAUAUCGAAAAAGCUCAAAGUUCAGAUCCAGAGGCUGCAACAAAAAGUGCAGAAGACGGUCAAACUGACGACAAAGAUCCAUCGGAGGAGGACAACAUGGAUCUCGCAGCCACCCCGGAAUACGCUCCCGAAAACAAAAGACCUGAUGAAAGUAAAGAAGGACAGCUACCAGAUGAUUAUGAUCCGUUUGCGAUAGAACAUGGAGGAGACGCUGACUUCGAUGCGAUCUUACAUGGCGACCCGUCAACAACUCCUCCCCAUAGUCCCAUCAAUCCCCCACCUACCUUUGUCGUCGAAAUUUCUGAACCUGUGCACGCCUCGUCUGUUCCUAUAGCUCCGACAAUAGAUAAACCGCCUCCCGUAUGGAAAGGAAAUGUGAUGACCGCAGAUGCAGGUGGCUUUGCUGCUUGUGCUACACAAGUGGGUGGACGACCCCUUUGUACCAAUCCAAGUACAUGGGAGCGCUUAUUUCCCACAGAUACUCUUACUGUAGUGGGUCGUCUGCCUGUGAAAGAUUCGACCAAUUAUCUGGUUCAAAGUCACUUUGCUGCCUCUCGAGAGUUGAUCGUACUGAAUCUAACUCCUAAUCUCGAUGGUCCUCCCGAUCUACCACCUCCCGAGCGAGUUAUGCAACACCAGCAAAAUCUGAUUGAUUUUUUUACCAAGAAGGGUCGACAUGCUGUUGUGGCUGUUCAUGAUCGAGCAAAACACGUUGUUAGAGAUAUUUAUUUAGUUCCCUUACUGAAGAAAGAACCUUUGCCUGAAUUCGUGGAACUUUUAGAUGAUCAAAAUAUCGAGGAGAGUACUCCAAGAUCCAGAGAUAUGAUCUUGGCUAUCUUGGUAUUACAAAAGGGUACCAUUCCCACCGGCUGGAGACCACCGACUACACAAAUCAGCGAAUCUCAAACUGCAACAUCGCAAGCUCAAGUAUCACAGUUGCCAUUUGUCACACAGGGUCCAUCUGCUGCUUUGCCAUUCCCACCUACUGCCUCCGAUCCACAACUCCAGUCUGCUCAACUUUCACAUCUCAAUACCGCUCUUCCAUACCCUCCGCCGCAAGGAAACUUUGCUGCUCUUCCUCCGAACCUAGCCUCAAUACCUCUACUGCAAUCCUUAAGCUCUGCACUUUCGACUAAUCAACAAAUCCCUUUCAAACUCUUCCCUCAGACAACUCCGCCAGUCGCACCAACUCAAUCCCCAUCAAAGGCAACAGGACCACCACCGGGUUUUGUUCCAUACAGACCCCCUACGUCUGCUACAUCUGUUCAAAGCCCUUCAGCGGCACCUCUGUCCUCGGUACCGUCGUCAGGCAACUUGGGAGAUCUGUUAAAUGUAGACGUAAACACAUUGAAAGCUUUACUUUCGAAUCCGCAGGUUUUUUCUAAGCCUCCCGAUGGGGUUCCACAACCUAUACCUACUUUGGCGCAGAGCAAUAAUAUGAUGACGGGGCCACAAUACCCAUACCCAUCUACAGGCUAUCCGGGUAUGCCUCAGCAUCCAAUGAGUCUGCCAUCUAGUACCGGUGCGCUCGGCCCCAAUCCUUAUCCUCAUGCUCCUAUGAAUCGGCCUGCUGGCCUACCUCCGAUACCGCAAAUGAGUCCCACAUGGUCCACUCAUCGAAAGGAGAGUGGUCGGGACCCUAGAGAUUGGAAUCCGAGAGGUCCUAGAAUGAGUGAUCCGACUUUGGACCCUUUUCACGGAUCAAGACCUGAUAAUAGAGCAUCAAAAGUGCAAGAUCUAGAACGGGCUCGACUUCAGCGAAUAGCGCAGAUGCAAGAAACCGCUUGGGAUCCUGGUAUGAAUCAACCUAAUGGACGAUCACCAUCACGAGAACCAUCAGAACCUGGUCACCGAAGAAGUUUAGGAGGGAGUAUCCCAGGAAAACGAUCAGGUCCUCAUGAGUUUGUUGCACCUGUUAGAGAUUCGGGUUGGGCAGGAAGAGGUGGUGGUAGAAUAGGUUCUAAUGGGAAUAGAUCAGUUUCUGAUCAACAAAAUCGUGGUAAUAAUAAUAAUUUUCAAAGUGAUCAAAAUAAUCAAGAGCUCGAAAAUCAAUAUAGUGCUCCUAUUUGGAUGGGUAGAUAA